AUGCCACCAAGAUUAAAUAUUCCUCCAGUGACGAGGAUACUACUCAUCGCAUUACUAUCUGAAUCCAUUCUGAGUGCCGCAAUUCGAUACAAACAAUGGAAUAAGGAAACCGCCGCAGAGCUUCACGUAGUAGUUCCAUACCUCUCGCUCGUACCUCAGUUAUCCUUUGUGUAUCCCUGGACGUUUUUGACAACGACAUUGGUGGAAAAUAAUGUGUUUACGCUGGGGAUCGCUGGAGUGACGUUAUUUUAUGGAGGAAGAUAUCUGGAGCGGGCAUGGACAUCGAGGGAAUUCGCAAAGUUCAUUGUAGUCGCAUCACUCAUUCCCAAUCUCUUGACUUUCGGGACGUUGGUUUUUUUCUUUGCUAUUACGGGUGAUAUGAGCUGGACUCUUAGCUCAAUAAACGGAACCAUCCCCCUCCAAAUCUCCUUCUUAAUCGCCUUUUCUCAACUCGUACCAACCCACACCGUCACCCUCUUCAAAGGCAUCCUCUCUCUCCGCGUCCCCCGCUUCCCCGCCCUCCAUCUCCUUACCAUCCUCACCCUCUGCGCCAUCCAACUCCUCAGCAUCUCCUCCCUCUUCCUCGUCUCCUACGCUUUCCUCGCCUCCUACACCUACCUUCGUUUCUACAAAUCCGCCUUCCCCGAUCUCGACUCCAACCAAUCCCCCACUCUCCGCGGCGACGCAUCCGAAACCUUCGCCUUCGCAGAAUUCUUCCCCGGUCCCCUCAAACCCCUCAUCUCCUCCCUCGCAGACUCAAUCUUCAAUACCCUCGUCGCCCUCAAAAUCUGCACUCCCUUCUCCGCAGCAGAUGUCUCGGCCAGCAGAGGUGAAUCCUCAUAUAUCCCACAAAGAACUGCCCCCGGCGGCGCAAGAGCAGAAGCAGAAAGAAGAAGAGCCCUGGCUCUCAAAGCCUUAGAUCAGAGAUUACACGCGGCGAGCAGCAAGAACGUACCGCCGCCCGCUCCCUCGGGUCCAAGUAUCGCGACGCAACCGCAGCCCGGGACGCAGACGGCGAUGACGAGUCAGCAGGGGGAAUUGUUGGGCGAAACGAAUUAUGUGCCUGAGGGACAUGGUGAGAAUAAAGGGGGUUCGUGA